AUGGGGGGCGAAAAGGUGAAGCACAACAACGUUAUCCCCAAUGGGCACUUCAAGAAGCACUGGCAGAACUAUGUCAAGACAUGGUUCAAUCGGCCCGCUCGCAAGCAGAGGCGCCGCAUCGCUCGUCAAAAGAAGGCUGCGAAGAUAUUCCCACGCCCAACUGCUGGACCUCUUCGCCCCAUUGUUCAAUGCCAGACUCUGAAGUAUAACAUGAAGUCAAGGGCUGGGAGAGGCUUUACUCUUGAGGAGCUGAAGGCUGCGGGCAUUCCGAAGAAGCUUGCUCCAACCAUUGGCAUUUCUGUGGAUCACUGCCGCAAGAACAAAUCACUUGAGGGGCUUCAGGCUUAUGUCCAGAGGCUGAAGACAUACAAGGCCAAGCUGGUUAUCUUCCCAAGGCGUGCUCGCAAGGUCAAGGCUGGUGACUCUACUCCUGAGGAGCUUGCCAGCGCCACCCAGGUACAGGGUGACUACAUGCCUAUUACUCGUGGUGAGAAGCGCUCGGUUGAGGUUGUGAAGGUCAGCGAUGAGAUGAAGUCGUUUGCAGCCUAUGGCAAGCUCCGCCUCGAGAGGAUGAACAAGAAGCACCUUGGUGCCCGCCAGAAGAAGGCUGCUGAGGCUGAGAAGGAAGAGAAGAAGUAA